GCUCACCAACAUCGAACCCUCAGAAAAGUACCAACUCUUUACUCCAAUGGCAAAUCCCACCUCCCUCCUCCUCUCUCUCACCACUCUCCUCUCUCUCCUCCUCCCUUCUCUCUCAUCCAAACUCACCAUCCCUCUCUCCCCAUUCCCCAAACCACCGUCCACCGAUCUACUCCAAUCCCUCAACUUCCAUGCCACCGCCUCCGUCUCCCGAGCCCACCACAUCAAAAACCCCAAAAAAUCCUCCCACCAUUCUCCCUCCACCCAAGUCCCCCUCUUCCCCCACAGCUACGGCGGCUACUCCGUCUCCCUCCGCUUCGGCACGCCGCCACAAACCUCCUCUUUCAUCAUGGACACCGGCAGCAGCCUCGUUUGGUUCCCCUGCACCAAACGCUACACCUGCUCCAAAUGCCAGUUCCCAAACAUCGACCCCUCAAAAAUUCCAACUUUCAUCCCCAAACUCUCCUCCUCCUCCAAAAUCGUCGGCUGCAAAAACCCCAAAUGCGCUUGGAUUUUCGGCCCCGAAAUCCAAUCCAAAUGCCCGAAUUGCAACGACCCAACUAGCCAAAACUGCUCCCAAGCCUGCCCAACGUACAUAGUCCAGUACGGUUUGGGCACAACAGCUGGGAUUUUACUUUCCGAGUCACUUAAUUUUCCCGAGAAAAUUGUCCCUGAUUUUCUCGUCGGCUGCUCCUUCCUCUCCAUCCGCCAGCCAGCCGGAAUCGCCGGAUUCGGCCGCGGACCGCAAUCCCUUCCUGCCCAAAUGGGGCUUUCCAAAUUCUCUUACUGCUUAGUCUCCCACAAAUUCGACGACACCCCACAAAGCAGUGACCUUGUUCUGUACACUGGCAGCGGUAGCUCCGACGAACCCAUUUCUUCAGCCCGAAAAAACGAAACGAAAGCUCAGAGCUCGAUCUACACGCCGUUUCAGAAAAACCCAGGUUCUCCAAACUCUGCAUUUCGCGAGUACUACUAUAUCAUGCUCAGAAAAAUCAUCGUGGGCAAGAAGCACGUCAAUAUUCCGUACAAGUUUCUCGUCCCCGGAGCCGACAGCAAUGGCGGGACGAUCGUGGAUUCCGGAUCGACCUUCACGUUCAUGGAGAAGCCUGUUUUCGAAGCCGUUGCGAAAGAGUUUGAGUUACAGAUGGCGAAUUACACGAGAGCUAAGGACUUGGAAAACAGGACGGGAUUGAGUCCCUGUUUUGAUAUUUCAAAGGAGGAGAAAUUGGAGUUUCCGGAAUUGGUUUUCCAGUUCAAAGGGGGUGCUAAGAUGGAGCUGCCAUUGGCGAACUAUUUCUCGCUGGUUUCGAGCUCCGGCGUUGUGUGUUUGACGAUUGUUUCAGAUGAAAUUGUUGGUCCAGGGGGCAAUGGUGGACCUGCGAUUAUUCUGGGGAACUAUCAGCAGCAGAAUUUCUUCGUGGAGUAUGAUUUGGAACGUGAGAGGUUUGGGUUCCGGAAACAGAGUUGUAAAUGAUGAGGCCCCGUCAUAUUAAAACGACUUACUUGGAACGGAUUCAACGCUAGCUAUUCUGACAUCCAUGUCAUUGUGACGUUCCGGUCCAUAUAAGUUGAUCUCGCAUUGCAGAGAAAAGAAAAUAAGAAGCGCAAAACAAGUCUUUGGGCAGUGACUUGAAACGAUGAUGACAAGUUGUGUAGAUUUAAGGGAGGUUAAUUAUUGUGAGUUUUUAUAGAUUAGUGAUAAUUUUUCAUGCUGGGGAAGAAGUUUCGAUUUGUUUUGCUAAUUGAAUUAUUCAAAGUAUGAAUAUGUAUUAAUUUAUUUAAUCAAUCUGCAUUAGUGACAACUCACUUUGUACUAUUUGGAAGGCAGACUUUGCCUUCCCCACUUUUUUUAUGGAACCCUUCUUCUAUGAGAUGUUCUAUAUGAUUUA